UCCGCUGAUCAUUAGCGAGCCCAGCCCCCCAACGACAAUAUGGUUAAGUUAACACUGUACGGAGUGGAUGCCAGUCCACCAGUGAGAGCUGUGAAGCUGACGCUGGCGGCCUUGAACCUGCCCUACGAUUAUGUGAAUGUCAAUCUCGCCGGAAAGGAACAGCUUUCGCCCGAGUAUGUGAAGAAGAAUCCACAGCACACGGUGCCCACUUUGGAGGAGGACGGCCACUUCAUUUGGGACUCGCACGCAAUCAAUGCUUACCUGGUGUCCAAAUAUGGCGAUAGUGACCGUUUGUACCCCAAGGAUCUGCUGCAACGGGCCGUGGUCGAUCAGCGUCUACAUUUCGAGAGCGGAGUGGUCUUUGCCGAUGGCCUGAGGAGCAUCACGAAGUCUCUGUUGUUCUUUAAUCAGAAAGUAUUUCCCAAAGAGCGCUAUCAGGCCAUUGUCGAGAUCUAUGACUUUGUGGAGACUUUCCUCAAGGACCAGGACUACAUCGCCGGGAAUCAGCUGACCAUCGCGGACUUUAGCAUUGUGUCAAGCAUCACCUCGCUGGUGGCCUUUGUGGAGCUCGAUCACGCCAAAUAUGUGAGAACCAGUGCCUGGAUCAAGCGGCUGGAACAGCUCCCCUACUACCAGGAAGCCAAUGCCAAAGGUGCCCAGGAUUUCUUGUCCAUUAUCAAGCCGACAAACUUGAGCUUCUCGUCCUAAUCCAUCUCUAAAUUGAUGUACAUAUAUGCUUCCAUAUGGAGAGCCCCAAUAAAUUCCAUCAAAAAUAA